AUGUCACGGAUAUACUCCCUUUCAGAUUUGAAAUUCAUCAAUCCUUCCACUCUCAGAGCUUGGUUUAGAGGUGGCUCUCCCACAGGGAAGGGAAAAUUUGCAGUUGUAGAUGUUAGAGAUUCAGAUUAUGUUGGGGGCCAUAUAAAAGGUUGUUUCCAUUACACAGCUGGAAACUUCCACUACACGCUCCCAGAGUUGUACAAAAAAUUGAUAGAUAACGAUAUUAAUGAUGUAGUUUUCCACUGUGCACUCUCUCAAGUCCGCGGACCAUCGUCCACGUUAAAGUUCUUACGCUCAAUCAAUGAAUUGAGCGAGUCAGAUCAGAGGGUCAUGGAAAUGAAGAGAGUAUGGGUGUUGAAGGGUGGUUUUACGCAAUGGCAGGAAGAGUACGGUAACGAUGCAGAAGUGACGGAAGACUACGACGAGGAGAUUUGGAAGUUCGGACAGAUAUAG